AGAGGCGCGCCUGCGCACUGACCCCGGCGGGCCCUAGCAACCAGAGCAGUGACGGUAGCAACCGCCGGAAUGAAUUUCAAAGAAAGAAUCGAAUGCUUUAAUGGUAGAAGCCAAGGCCAGUAAUUACUGUAUUAAGGCUGAAUCAACAAAUCCCAGCACUGAACGCUGCCUGUGCUUCUCCCCUCCCUCCCACCUUUAAGGCAAAAGCAACAACGAUCAAAGAAGCCCUGUCCAGAUGGGAAGAAAAGACUGGUCAGAAGCCAUCUGAUGCCAAAGAAAUCAAGCUGUAUGCCCAGAUUCCCCCCAUAGAGAAGAUGGACGCAUCUCUAUCCACACUUGGUAACUGCGAGAAGCUUUCCCUGUCUACAAACUGCAUUGAAAAAAUUGCCAACCUGAAUGGCCUAAAAAACUUGAGGAUUUUGUCCUUAGGAAGAAACAACAUAAAGAACCUAAAUGGACUGGAAGCAGUAGGAGAAACACUGGAAGAACUGUGGAUCUCCUACAAUUUUAUUGAGAAGUUGAAAGGAAUCCAUGUAAUGAAGAAACUGAAGAUUCUCUACAUGUCUAAUAACCUGGUAAAAGACUGGGCUGAGUUCCUGAAGCUGGCCGAGCUGCCGUGCCUGGAGGACCUGGUGUUCGUCGGUAAUCCCCUGGAGGAGAAACACUCUGCCGAGGGCAACUGGAUCGAUGAAGCAACCAAGAGAGUGCCCAAGCUGAAAAAGCUGGAUGGUACUCCAGUAAUUAAGGAGGAUGAAGAAGAGGAAAGCUAAGGCUGUACUUUUCAUUUUGUGUUAAUUUAUUUAAAUGUUAUGAGAAAAAUAGAUAAGUUUUGUAUAAUUGUCUAUUUUAAAGAUUUUGUGGAGCAGAGUUCUUAAGAUAAAACACAUCUCUCACUUCCAUCCUUUAAAAAAAAACAUAUUCAGUGUUUAUCCCACAAACCAGUAGCACCAAUUGUAGUCAAGUCCAGCCUUGGGAACUACAGAUGUCCUGGUCUUGUCCAGUUAUGUAUGUCACCUGUCUCCCAGUAUUUAUAGACCAGUCAUUUUUAAUAGGAAAGGACUUAUUAUGUGUACUCAGUUGCUUAGUAUUUCUUAGCCCAGGCAUUUUAAAGAUAGACGACUUUGCCAUCCAUAGAAGGUUCAGGCCCUUACAAGUCAGAAGCACAAAUGCAGCACGCAUUGCUUCAGAGGCAGCGUGGUGAGAGGACACACUCCCCUUAGAGCACAGCGGUAUCUGGACGCAGGAGCCCAGCGUCUAGUUGGAAACACUGCUCAGAAAAGGAAGAAUGGCUGCCGUGGAGGCUUCUUGGCUCAUGGUCUAUUUUCUUCCUUUUCCAAAAAUGUGUGCACUGUCAACUGGAGUGUAGGUUGUGCACCAUGGAUGCCGCUUAAGUCAUCAUGUACAGCCAGACACCCCAUGGUCCCCAUCAGUGGCUAACGCAACUGGCAGGAUCACUCCUUGGUAGUACUGCGACUACAUCAACUCUUGUAACCUUGCUUUAUGUAGAUUUUAAGAAAUAAUUUCUCAUGUGUUUAAAGCAGUAGUCAAUAGUCCUAAGUAUCGACCACUGAGAUUUUGAAAACCUUCACCCUCAUGAUUUACCCAGAUGCCCUUUGCUUUACAGUUAUGAGUAGACACUUAAAGACUGAAUUUGGUACCUAUAGAUAAGUGAGACAGUAUUUCAAGAUAUAUUUUUGAGAAAAUCUAAAUGAAACAGCUUUUAAAGUGUAUCAUGUAAGUGCUGUGGAGGAAACAGUGAGGUGUUUUGGGCAAAUGGCAAUAUGUUGUAGAUUGUCACUAUAGGUGUCUUAACCUCAGACCUGCAAAGCAAUAGUUAAGUGUGAACAGUAUAAUUUAUCAUGUAAGAAAAAUAUUCUGAAACCUGUAAAAUGGCAUCAGCACCAGAUGAAGUCUCCAGUGGGUCAAGAUAGAAUUAUUGACUGAUUGUGGAGUAGUCAGGAACCGCUGCCAACCUGUGCCUAAAGUCUCAGCCAGAGGCUGCCGAUUCUUGUCCCUGUCUCCACGUGGUUCUCCCUGAAAGUCACCACAGUGAAGGGGGCAGAGUCUUUUGUUUCUGUUUUUAAUUAUUAUAUAAGUAGUCUUGGUUUGAGAACUUAUAACUAUCAUUUCAGUAAAAAUGACUCAAUUUCUGUAAGAGUCACGCUGGUCAGAAGGGACCACUGCUUUGACAAUCAACUCUAAAUCCAUACAAGAAUGUCUGGUUGUGGGCUGGUGAGACAGCUCAGAGGUAAGAGUACCUGUUGCUCAGGACCUGAGCUUGCUUCCCAGUACCAUGAGGAGGCUCACAGCCCUCUGGACCUCCAGGGGCUCUGAUGUCCUUUUCUGGACCUCCAGGGGCUCUGAUGUCCUUUUCUGGACCUCCAGGGACUCUCAUGUCCUUUUCUGGCCUCCCACACACAUGUUGCACAGACAGACAUGGAGGUGAGACACUAAAUGCAUAAUCAAUUUUUAAAAAGAAUACCUAGUCUAAUACCUUUUUAGCUUUUCUGAUGGGGAGAAACUUUACCCUGACUGGCUUAAACGUUCAAAACCAUUGGCAUUUCUCUUCUGAGCAACAGUGGUGAGACUUCUUGGUGGUGCAGAAGGCCUAUAAGCUUAGGAGACACUGUUGUGGUUGCUUGUAGUUUACACAGGCAAGCCCUGUUCCCGCUGAUGCUGUGCUUCCUGCGACACACCUGGAGUGAGGGCAGGAAGGGGAUGGCUUCAGACUGGCUCUGUGAAGUGACUUACAGAUGUGUGUUUGUUUCCAAAUUCUGUAGUUGGGAAACACCCCUCCCCUAUUUCUCAAUGUCUUUUAUUCACUGAUGGUUCUCAGAGAUGUGCACGGUGCUUUUCUGUGUCCAUUUCUCUCUCUCUCUCCCUCUCUCUCUUUCUCUCUCUCCCUCCCUCUCUCUCUCCCUCCCUCCCUCUCUCUCUCCCUCCCCCCUCCCUCCCUCCCUCCCUCCCUCCCCUCCCCUCCCCCCCCCACACAAACAUUUUCGGCUCCUCAUCACAAAUAUUGGAAUGACUUUGAUGCGGCUCUGUUCCUGGAAUUAAAGCCAAAAUGCAUUCAAUUUGAAAGUGGAAGGCCAGCCUGGUCUACAGAGUGAGUUCCAGAACAGCCAGGGCUACACAGAGAAACCCUGUCUUAAAAAACAAAACCAAAAAAAACGGAAGGAAGGAAGGAAAGAAGGAAGGAGGGAGGGAGGGAGGGAGGGAGGAAGGAAGGAAGGAAGGAAGGAAGGAAGGAAGGAAGGAAGGAAGGAGGGAGGGAAGGAGGGAAGGAAGAAGGGAAGGAAGGAAGGAAGAAAGGAAGGAAGGAAGGAAAUGGAAGGCUGGGUACCUGAGAGAAUUAAGGCUGUCCUCGCUGUCCUUGUCCUCCUCAUCCUCCCUGCCCACUCUGAUCAGUCCUGAUGUCUUCUUUUACUGGAAAAAAAAAUGUAGUUGAGGAAGGUGGGACUUAUGCCAUUCAGAUUGGAGAUGGAACCAACUUGGAAUAGAUGUUCUCUGUGAUCAUUUGAACUUCUAGUAUUAUAAAUAAUGGUAGGGUGCAGGAACACCCAGUAUUUUAAUUUUUCACCGUCAAUAUGAUAUUGGUAUAUUGGAGUUGUACUUCCUAUGUCUCCUGAUCCUGAGCUAAUGACCAUAUUAUCUAGCUAGGCCUUGGAGGGCUUUCCUACCUGUGCUUACGGCACCAGAGAUGCUCAGUGUGGCGCUGUUUACAUUUAGGCUGUAUGACUCACUCUUGUGGGCCGUGCACUGUGUGCAGGUUAGCUGCAGCCCUGUCCUUUACUCCCUACAUGCCAGGAGCUCCUCUCCAGUUAUGGUAACAAAAGAUGGCUGCAAGCGUUGCCCACUGAGCCCUGGAGCAGGUGGGACAGCCAAAUUCUCUAGAUAGGAGCCAGUGUUUCCUGUCCCAGCAUUCCUCUGUGCAGGCUGGUCAGCUUCAGUCUGUAGUCUGUGCCACUAGCAUUAUUGUAAGAGAAGGUGACAUUUUACCAUCAUGGCUGGACCUGAUCAGGUCUGUUGCCCUUUUAUGCAAUGCUCAGUUUCAUGUUCCCCACACAGCCUUAGAAGCUCAGGCCUAGAAGCUGAAACUUCUGCCUGUAGGAUUUCAACUUGAGUUUCUUGUCCCCUGCUCAUGUUAGGACAAUGGUUGACCAGUUAAUCUACCUCUGUCACUGUCAACAAAAUCUAGCUUUUAUGAUAGAUUUUGUUCUGUCUCUAAAGCUUAAUAUUUGUAUUACACUUUAGAAAAUGUAUCACCCUGCACAGACUCUUUUGCAGGGUGUGUCAGUCAUUAAGUCUAGACUGUGUUGUAUUGAGUUGCUCGUGCCCAGAAGUUAGCUGAUGCAGAUGUCCAGUGCAACUGACCAGAAGGGUGCUGUCCCUCACCGCUCAGUUACUUGGAAUGCUUCCUGGGGCUGACCUAAAUGUGGCUCUGGAAUGGAAGUUUCUGGUUGAAUAGGUGUUUGUUGUUGAAUAGGUGUUUGUCAGGGGUCUGAAAACGAGGGAGCAUUGGAAAUAAAUCUGUCAUUGGCUCAGAGUUGGUGACAGAGAAAGCAGGGAGUCUUUUACCUGGGUUUUUCUUGAGGUCAAAACAAACAAACAAACAAAGCAGUUAGCCGGCCUAGACAGUUUGCAUGUAAUCAUUCACUUUGAAAAAUGGUUGAGGAGUUCUUGUCUCUGACUGAGGUAGCUGUUCCGAGUUCACUGAGACGGUAAACAGUAACGGCAAGGGGAGAAAACCUGUCCUUCCCACAGUCAGUCUCAGAUAUCCAUGUCCUUUGUGUGGGCCGAGAAUGAGUCUGUGACUAAUGAAGCAACAGCCGGGCAGCAGAGUCGGGUUGUGUGUGGCAGCCGACGAGGUCAUGGCCCUUUACCCUUCCUUACCCAGUGUGAACAGCUGCAUCAGUGAUCACUCAGCCUUCCGAGUUCCAUGUCUGUGUCCAUCACUAACUGUAAGCAAGGAAGCAGACAGGAAAAACUAUAGACUUUUAGCCUGAUAGAACACAGGAGAAGUCCUAAUCAGAUUCUCAUUGAUUUCCCAUAUUGGGCAGAUUAGAGGACCCAGACAACCAAUUAUGAUCUGACAAUUUUAACAAGAAGGAAGAGAGAAUAAACUAUUUUUAAAAUAGAUUUGCACUUUAAAAUUAUGAGUGUGGCUCAUAGGAACGCACACAGGAGUCCGGACUCAGACUUCAACCUUUGUCCACACACGCCCGUCUUCAUACUCACUUAGGAUUUUCUGCCUUUCUGAUUUGGGUUGUAUCCGAGGUCAUCCCUCUGGGAGGGUGUAAAUAGCUUUUCUAUUUAGAAUAGAAACUUUGGUUUGGUUUAGUUUGGUUUUGGUUGUUCAAGACAGGGUUUCCCAGGCAGUCUUGGGACUUACUCUGUAUGUAGACCAGGCUAGCAUCAAACACAGAGAUCCACCUGUCUCUGCCUCCCUAGUGCUGGAGUUAAAGACAUGUACCACUACCGCCUGGCCCAUAUCUAGAUUUAAAAUUUUCUUUUUAGUGUUGUCUACAUUACAUGGUAUGUCUCCAGUCAGUGGGAGACCCUGCCUAUGACGCUGUUGCCAAGUGGGACCACUCCUGCCAAUGGCCAGUGGAGAGCAGAAGGUACCCAGUCCACCUGCUUCUCUCAGGUUGUCGUUCAUGGCCAGGAGCAUCAUUCGCAAAGCUUUGACUUCUAGAUCCAUGUUCAUUCUGAAGAACGUUUUAACAUCUGUUAAUGCUUUGGUAAUAAUCUUUUCUACACAGGACUUUUGUAGCAUGACUUUAUGACUAAACUUAUUGUGCAUUAAAUUAUUUAGUAAUAUUGAGUUUCUGAAUGUUAUUUUGUGAAACUUGUUUUAAAAUAGUAAUAAAUCAUGUUAUUUUAUAAAAAAAAA